AUGAGGCAAAUUGGUGAUGCAGAAGAUCUUAAUAAAGCCUUACGACUAUUUUGGGAAGUCGAGAGCCUUAAUAUUACAAAAAAACCGGCUUUAGCUGUUGAAGAUCAAAAGGUCGAAGAUUUCUACCGUUCUACAACCAUCCGAGCUGAAAGAUAUGCGGUGAGGUUGCCUUUUAAACAGUCCCCAGAGCUGGGAGAAUCCUAUACUGGAGCCUUAAGAAGAUUUUAUACUAUGGAACGUAAGUUUAAAUCUAACAUUAAUUUAAAAAUUGCAUAUUCUGAUUUUAUGAGUGAAUAUAUUUCAUUGGGCCAUAUGGAACCUGUGCCUAACAAUGAAAUUAAUCGCCCCGCUGCCAAAGUGUACUAUUUGCCACACCAUGCCGUGUUAAAAGAUACAAGGCUUACCACAAAACUUCGUGUAGUAUUUGAUGGCUCUAGCAAAUCAUCAAACGGACAAUCUCUAAAUGAUAAUAUACUAAGAGGCCCCGUCUUACAACAAGACCUGGUAGCAGUCCUACUGAGAUAUAGGUGCAAGAAAUUUUGUUUUGCGGCUGAUAUAAAACAAAUGUUUCGCAUGAUUGACAUACCAGAGUGCGAUCGUGAUUAUCAGAGAAUUUUGUGGAGAAAUAGUCCCAAUGAAGAAAUAAGACACUAUAGACUUACUACAGUGACUUACGGUACGACCUCUGCCCCGUACCUGGCAAUACGUACGCUUUUGCAAUUAAAGGCAGAUGAGAGUGAGCGCUUUCCACUAGCAUGUGAUGCCUUAGAAAAUAGUUUUUACGUUGAUGAUUGUAUGGCUGGCUCCAACACUAUAAAGGAUGCACAAAAAUUAGCUGAAGAAUUAAACCAGUUGCUUACGGCUGGCGGCUUUCGGUUGAGAAAAUGGGCAACUAAUGAAAGUAAAAUUCUAACCAAUAUUCCUAAGGAAGAUAAAAUUGAAAGUAUAGUAAACAUACCAACAGAUAUGACUAUAUGUCUACUUGGUGUAAUAUGGAACCCUAUUGUCGACUGUUUUUCUUACAAAGUUAAGGAAAAAGACUACAGCAUUGAUACUAAGAGAAAGUUGCUAUCAGAAAUUUCAAAAAUCUUUGAUCCCCUUGGCUGGAUUUCACCGGUCAUAAUAGCGGUUAAAAUAAUUAUGCAAAAACUUUGGUUAAUUAGUAUAGCCUGGGACGAUGAGCUUCCUAGCGAAAUUAAAACCUGUGCUGAGCAAUUAUUUUCUGAAUUUUAUUUACUGAAUAAUAUUAAUAUUCCUAGAAUUAUUUUCUCGACAGAAACCAAUAUCACUUAUCAUGGAUUUUGUGAUGCUUCCAGUGCAGCCUAUGCAGCCGUAGUGUAUUGUUGUAAAACUUUAACAAAUGGUGAGGUAUCUACUAAUAUAGUGAUGGCUAAAACGAAGGUGGCACCGAUAACCAUGAUAUCGAUUCCCAGGCUGGAACUGUGUGCUGCAUAUCUCUUGGCACAACUUUUUGAGUAUUUAAUGCCCGUGCUGCGUAUAGACACUAAAAGCAUUGCAUAUGGAAAACUUUUGUUGGUCAUCGAACUGGGUACAUUCUUGAAACCCUUCCUGAUGUUAAAUGGAGUUUCAACUAAAUUAAAUCCAGCUGAUUGUGCUAGUAGUGGUGUUAAAUCAAUCUAUCUAGUUGAUAAUCUAAUGUGGUUUCAUGGGCCAUCCUUUCUACUAAAGGACCCAUCGGAGUGGCCAGCACCUGUUAAAGAAUUAAAAACUAAUGAAGAAUUACGCCUAGAAAAGCAGGUUGUUUUAACCACAACAAGUUGUGUUAGCAUUAUUGAGAGAUUAAAUACACAUGAGCGUGGUAUUUUGCGAGUAGGCGGCAGACUCAAUAAAGCUAACUUGCCUUAUGAUAGUCAGCAUCAAAUCAUACUCCAUAAAGACAGCCCUAUUGCAUAUAAAAUUGUUCAGGACUGUCAUCUAAAAAACUUACAUGCUGGAAUUACUUUACUCAUUGCUACACUGCGUCAGAUGUAUUGGAUAGUAGGUGCACGUGAACUUGCUAAGCGAAUUUGUGAUAAAUGUCAAGUCUGUCAACGCUACAGGGCCAAGGCCAACUACCAACUUAUGGGCGACCUUCCGAAAUUUAGAGUAAAUGCUGCCUAUCCAUUUUAUGAAGUCGGUUGUGACUACGCAGGUCCUAUAAUGUAUAAACAACAUAAUGGUGGCAAAUCUCCUACAGCUAAAGCAUACAUCGCAGUAUUUAUUUGUCUAGUCACUAAAGCUGUACAUCUCGAACUGGUCUCGGAUUUAAGCUCGGGUGCCUUUCUGGCUGCUCUAGAUAGAUUCGUAGCCCGAAGGGGACUUUGUGGGCACAUACACAGUGAUAAUGGCACCAACUUUCAAGGCGCUGCUAAGAAACUGGGAGAAAUCUACAAAGCGGUAACGAACUUUGAAUUUAAUAAUAAUGUUUCAAAUUUUCUAUCCACUAAGGGCAUUCAAUGGCACUUUAUACCACCAGCGGCACCACACUUUGGAGGUGCAUGGGAGUCCACAGUGAAAAAUGAUGUCGUUCUGCUACGUGAAGAUAAUAUACCCCCCGCAUGCUGGAAACUUGGUCGAGUGAUAGAAACCCAAGCUGGUUCAGAUGGUCGAGUUAGAGUGGCCACUGUAAAGACUGAAACAUCUACGUUUAAACUUCCGGUUACUAAACUGUAUCCUUUACCCAAAGAUGAUUGA